AAAAGUAAACAUGACCCAUAUUGUAGCUUGCACGAGAACACGGGGCCUCACCAACAAUCCGGAAAGAUCGAAAUCGGACGAAAAGACGCGUGCGCUAAGGAACUGCAGUGGCGGGCAUAAAUAUUUAGCUCAACUCGAAACGGUAAUCAAAGUACUUAUUUCCAUAUGCUGCAUAAUAUUGUCACUGCAGUUCUUCCGUAAAAUCCCCUCUGCGCAAUGACCUAGUAUGCAUCUGCGCAUAAUGUCAGUACUAUAUGCAAAUCACCCGUGACAACAAAUACGUCAUAAGGUCUCCCCAUAAUCUUGAACCAGCUCUACUGAACGAGUAAUGGACGCAUGGAAUGCUGUAAGAGAUUGACGGGGAAGGAUUUUUAUCCCCUGUUUAAUCACACUGCGGUGCUAUACUGGAUUUUGACAAUGGGCAAAUGUUAUUCCGGAGAGGUCAUUCUACGAUGAGCGAACUUUGGAUUAUAUGUUAACUGCUUGAAACACUUGUUUUUAUGUGGAAAAGCGCGAUCAGUUUACGGUGAAAUUGACAAGAUGGACACCGAUGUAGACCCAAACUUUGAGCCGCAAAUUAGGGCACGGUCAAAUACAUGGCCACUUCGACCCAACCGGGAGUUGCUGGAAGCUCAGACGGGCAGUCCAGUGUCGGAUGAGUCGAUCGAGAACCACAGGGAGAAGGAUCCACUUGGAUUAAACACUAAAAAGAGUGGAUCCAGACGCAAUGCAUGGGGAAAUUUAUCGUACGCCGAUUUGAUUACUAAAGCGAUACAAAGUUCUCCAGAAAAGCGACUUACCCUCUCUCAGAUAUACGACUGGAUGGUGCAAAAUGUACCUUAUUUCAAAGACAAGGGGGAUAGCACCAGCUCGGCAGGAUGGAAGAACUCGAUCCGACACAAUCUGUCGCUGCACAGCCGCUUCAUGAGAAUACAGAAUGAAGGAACGGGAAAGAGUUCUUGGUGGGUUAUUAAUCCUGACGCCAAGCCUGGGAAAACUCCACGGCGAAGGGCAGGCAGCAUGGAAACGAAGAAUUACGAGAAGAAACGGGGACGGGUAAAGAAAAAGGUUGAGGUUUUACGCGCUGCCCUCGAGAAAACGGGCAGUCCAUACUCGACAUCGGAGGACUUUCUCGACACUUUCGGAGACUUCCGGCCACGGACAAGUUCCAACGCAAGCAGCUGUGGCCGCCUGUCUCCCAUCCAGGCUCUAGGCGAACCAGAUCUCCAUGACAACCAGGUUCCGCCGAUGUCGCCCAUCCCUUGGGGACAGGAGGGAGACACGAACUUCGGUUGUAGUCCCGAUGGUUUCACGGACCAGCUUGUUGAUAGUUUGGUGGGUGGGAUGAAACUCGACCCAUCCAUCAGCCUUGGUGGGUCGGAAAGCAUGGACAUCGUGGGCAACGGAUUACCCGAGCCCUACAUGCAGAACAGUUCCACAAACGAUUUGACUUUAUCGGAAUUCAAUCAAAACGCGAGUUACAAUUCGAAAGGGAGCUACAACGGCCAGUUCGCCAACCUUCCAGCCCCUCCCCCAUACCCCGACCAGCUGCAGUCCCAGUCGCCCCAGUCCCAGGCUCCCGUCUUGGCCAGCCUGGAGCGCGUGGCCAUGUCGAACCGCGUGCCGGGCAUGGGCAUGUCACAGCAGGGCAUGGGCCUCCAGCAGUCUCUGUACUCACAGCAGCAGCAGCAGCAGCAGCAGCAGCAGCAGCAGCAGCAGGACCUGUUCCAGGACGAGGUGGCCCAGCAGCUGAGCUCGGCUAAUCAGCUGAACAUCAACACAUCACAACUGUCUUCGCCUCGAUCUCCACAGCAGACCAGUCCACAGAGCUAUGGGAGCAAUUACAGCCCCCAGCAGCAGCAGCAGCAGCAACAGCAGAACAUGUCGCCCCCGUCUCAGCAGAUCUCAGCCUCGCCGCACCAGCUGUCUCCCCAGUGCUCCCCGGCCCUCAGCCCCAUGAAUCAGCGCCGCUCUGUUCUACAGCAGCAGCUGCAGCAGCAACAGCAAUCUUCCAAUGACUCGAUCCUCCGUGCCGCCCUCACGCAGGGCGGGAUGACGUACUGCCGGGCCAACGGCAACCCGCAGAUGAACCUGCCUUACAACAGCGUGCAACAGAACGGCCCCAUCGCGGUCACAGCCAGUCCGAUAAUGAAUGGGAACCAUCUGAGCCUCAGCAAUGCUCACAUUGGUCACAUGGCCAGCCAGAGGGCUCACCUGCAGAUGACCGUGGACAGUGGUGCCUAUAUCAACAGCAUGGGCGGCACCAACUCGGAGACCGGGGUGCCCAUAGACAUUGACGUGGAGAACUGGAUAAGUGGGGUGAAUGAGUCGGAAAUAGAUCGAAUUAUAAAGGAAGAGUUGACCUUAGAAGGCAACUUGGACUUCAAUUUUGACACACAGGGUUCGGGGCUACCUUUAGCAGGAGGGCAAAAAACUUUAUGAUGUAACCUCUCGGACUUAGUGUCAUAAUUAAGUAAUUAAUUAAUAAUAAUAGUGCUGAUCAGGCGUGAAAAACACAUACAUAUACAGGAGAACAUAGGUUCUGGUUUAGUGUUUCAACUGAUUUGUUUUUGUUUGUUUUUUUUAAUGGUUUUUUUUUUUUUUUUUUGCUUUUGUUUAUAUGGCAGCAAAUUUGUACUUAAUUUUUUUUGUUAUUAAUAAACAUGGCUUUGAAAUUGAAUGGAUACCUCAACAUGUUUUUGGAUUAUGUGUUUCAGUGGAGUUGAUACAUUCAGCACAGGAAUGUUGUUCAUAGUGGGUAACUCGCAAGUGAUAUUGCCUUUCCAUUGUAACGCUAACUGUGGACCUGGACAUCAGAAUGGAUUUGUGCUAUUUCAAAUUCAUGUGUGGCAGAAAUGUGUGUUGUGCAGGACUUUUUUUUUUGUCUGGUUAAGUUAUAUGUAUACUGCUGUUAAGGGCAAAUGUCUGUGACCUUGGCCAAAUGUCUGCGACCUUGGCUAAAUGUCUGUGACCUUGGAUGUUCCUUGUCUCCAUCCUGACGUGUUAUCCGUCAGUCAAAUACACACACGUGUAUGUAUAACAAUGACCUUUAUUGGAAAGGUGUUUUAAGUUUUUCCUAAAGUGUCUUGUAAACAUUUAUCAUGUAUUAUUAAGCGAUGUGGACCUCGUUGUGUGAUGAAAUUUGUUAUAUAUGGUCUACAGUUGUACAUUUUAUGGUUGCCAAUGUAGGUGUGUGCCUGUACAUUUGCAUAUGUGAGUGCAUUAAGAAAAUAUUUUAUAGUGUAAAACUGCAAAUGUUGGUUGCUAGUAACAUGAGGUUCCGGUAAAUGUAUACUAUAGGUAGCAGCCAUCUACAUUAACUUUUUUUCCCCCAUCUAGGAGCCAGAUGACACCUACUUAAUUAAUUCAGCGUGACUAUAUAAAGGGAAACCCUUCUAAAGUGGACACCCACAACCAAGUUAGUUCUUUUUAGGGUAUCCAGUUUAGAGAGGUUUUAUUCUGUACUGAUUUUAUUUUAUUAAUGUGUGAACAAUGUAAAGCAGACCUAUUCUUUGUCUCCCCCCCCCCCCCCCCCCAUCCCAGGCAAUGGUAUAUUAAAGGUUGUGGUAUGUACUGUCCUGUCUGUGGAAAGUGCAUAUAAAAGAUCCUUUGCUGCUAAUAGAAAAAUUAAGCAG